AUGAGAUCACGCGAUCGGGAGAGUUCUACACGACCUCGCGAGUGCCCAGUAUACCCCUCUGGCAAUAAUGCUCCAACCCUUCCCGAACUGCGGGACAACUGUCAAGCAUUCAGCUCUGACCAGAUCGUCACAACAAACGGAGACUCAAGGCUAGUUAGAGGUAUCUGCGACGGCAUACUAGGCUGGUUUGCCUCAGAUGACGCCAGCAGUGAUGGUAUCACGCUCACCUGGGACCCUGCCGUUAUGACGAUCGUGACGAAUCUCAAUAUUCCUCCGCUUAGGACUCUUGUCAGUUGCGAUGAGUUCCCAUUUGGCGGAGCUGAGGAAGAUGGCAAAUGGGGAGCCAUGUACGCGACGCGGAAAAGACCGCCAUCGGCUAAUUGUGUGCCUCAGUGGCAGCAGACUCUCCAGGGAAAUUGCAAUGGCAUACUGAGCACUCUCUACACCAACGUGCCGUAUUUCGACCGAGACUCGGGCUCGACGACCGAGGACUGGAAGCUCUGGUCGAAACGGACACUCAAAGGCCAACCCCCUGACGAGCGAUCGACACCAGGUGGACGCGAAGGUGACCCAACGCGCCUGAAUGGGAAAACUCCGGCCGGACCCUCAGCUACAACUUCAAGCGCAAACUUCACCUUCGCUCUAGCAUACGCAACCAGUCUCAGCGACACACCAGACCAGUGGGGCAUGGCGCUGAACAACUUUGAGAUGGGCACUACUACCAGCACGACGGCGAGCACGCGAAACCGCCUCCAAACAAGCAGUCACAGCACGUAG